ACCCGCCCCACCUUUCUCGUCAGCUGGCCCAGGCUGUUGGCUGGAUUCCCCCGCCAGCCUGGACGUGUUGGCUCAGUAUUCCCAUGAGUGGACUUACAUCGGCGACCCCUUCAGUGACAGUGGAUUUAGAGACUCCCUAAUUAAACAGUCAUUAUUGGCUGGGGAUAUUGCCAACGAAGAAGAAUCCUUGGAGUGUUCUGGAGCUGUACAGGAGUGAGCAAGCCUUGCCUCAGGAUGCCUCCCUCACACAACACCCAUGUCAAGUCCCCGCCACCUCGCUCCGACAAACAUGAGGAAGGUAUGGGAAGGCGAGCUCAGGCCGCCCCUCCUAACUCGGGUCCCGUCACGGUGGUCAAAGAAGAAUUGUCGGAGUUGAGGUGGAAUGGGUGGCGGGCCGGGGUACUGACGGUGAUAAGCGGCCUCUACGGCCAGAUGACCCUUGCCCGCCAACUGCCACCCGACCCUCGUGAAGACUCGUGGCUCCUUAUGUACUCCCCCUUUCCCUGCCUCGGCGUCUGCCUCUUGUACAUAGUCGCCGUCACCUGGUGGGGUCCUCUCUAUAUGAAAAACAGGAAACCCUUCUCAGGACUUAGGAGUGUAAUGAUGGCCUACAACGCCUUUCAGGUCGUGUACUCUGCCUGGAUGUUCUAUGAGGCGGGGAUGAGCGGAUGGUUCGGUAACUACUCGUUCAUCUGCCAGCCGUGUGACUAUUCCGACCAUCCCCAGGCUAUCAGGAUGAUGCACUGUGCAUAUUGGUAUCACUUCUCAAAGUAUGUGGACUUCAUCGACACGGUGUUCUUCGUCCUACACAAGAAGUAUGAACACAUAUCACUGCUGCACGUGAGUCACCACGGCCUCAUGCCUAUCAGUACGUGGUAUGGAGUCCGCUAUCAUCCAGGUGGUCACAACACAUUUUUCGGGUUCCUUAACACUUUCGUACACACGGUGAUGUACUCGUACUACCUGCUGGCGGCCAUGGGUCCCCGUGUCCGUCCGUUCCUCUGGUGGAAGAAGUACCUCACCACACUCCAGAUGGUGCAGUUCACCCUCGUGUUCCUACACUCCUUACAGCUGGCGUUCGUGGAGUGUGAGGUGCCGCCAGUACUCAUGACCUGGGUGGGUUUCGCUUCUGUUAUGUUCUUCAUCCUCUUCGCCGACUUCUACAUUAAGGCUUACCGUAAACGUGGUCAAAAUAAGGUGAAGGCAGAAGCCACCGGAGUGGAGAGAGACCUCACUACAGAAAACUCGAACCACAUUCCAAAUAAGAUUCCAAAUUCUAUGCCCAGCGUAGUGUCCAAGGUAGUAUGGAAUGGUGUAGCUAAUGACAUGUCCAACAACACCCGUAGUCGUGUGUCUUCGGUCAUGUCCACCGGCAUCAUCAAUGUGGUACUCGACAGGCUCUCCAGCAUCGUGCCUCGAGGACUCCAGUAUUCAGGAGUCCCAGUGAGCUGCCACCCUAGGAUGACUACCUCACAAGAAGCAGCUCUGCCAACACCACGCUCUUGUCCUCAACAAUAUGAAAAAGAUAGUUUACAGGAGCUGAGGACUAUAGGGAAGCAAGUAGCGGUACUCAUCGUCCUUAGCUAUACGUAUGGUGACGUGAUGGUGUACCGCAAGCUGACUCCGGACCCCCGUCAGGACACUUGGUACCUCAUGCGUUCUCCCCUACCCACCAUCAUCACCUGCUUCCUGUAUGUGGCCGCCGUCACCUGGUGUAUACCGCACUACAUGAGCACCAGGAAACCCGUGUCAGGACUUAGGACCAGUAUGAUGGCCUACAACGCCUUCCAAGUCGUCUUCUCCGCCUGGAUUUUCUGGGAGUCAGGUGUGGCCGGAUGGUUUGGUGAUUACUCCCUCGUGUGUCAGAGGUGCGACUUCUCUGAUAACACUGAAGCAGUCAGGAUGGUACAUGCUGGCUACUGGUAUCUCUUCUCUAAGUUUGUGGAUUUCAUAGACACUGUAUUCUUUGCUCUACACAAGAAGAAUGAACACAUCUCUUUGCUACAUGUGUGUCACCAUGCCAUCAUGCCCGUCUGUAUGUGGUACGGCAUCCGCUACUAUUCUGGUGGCCACACGACACUCGCAUUCCUUCUCAACUCUUUCGUACACACUGUGAUGUACCUGUACUACCUGCUGGCGGCCAUGGGUCCCCGCGUUCGUCCGUUCCUCUGGUGGAAGAAGUACCUCACCACACUCCAGAUGGUGCAGUUUACAGCCAUCCUCAUCCACAACUUUUUGCUGAAACAUAAGAUAGUGGACCCAGAAGAGAAAGUUUUGAACAUGGCGCCGUCAGAGAGCUAUCACGACCACCCCUCCUCCGCCCAGCAAGACGAAACAGGAGUUGUGAACGAGUUGAAGAUUAAUGGAAGAUGGGCGGCAGGCAUCACCAUUCUGUGUUUCUUGUAUGGGGAGAUCACGGUGGCCAGCCAGCUGCCUGUAGACCCCCGCCAGGGAUCGUGGCUCCUCCUGCAGUCGCCCCUCCCCUCCCUCCUCUUGUGUCUCCUCUAUGUUGGCAUCGUCACCUGGUGGGGACCUCUCUAUAUGUCCUCAAGGAAACCUUUCUCAGGACUCAGACCCUUCAUGAUUGCCUACAACGCCUUCCAGGUCGUCUUUUCUGCCUGGCUAUUCACUCAGGGAGGACUAGGCGGAUGGUUCGGCGGCUACAAGUUAGUGUGUCAAACGUGUGACUUCUCUGAUGACCCAAAGGCGGUCUUGAUGAUGCACGGCGCCUUCUGGUACUACUUCUCCAAGUUUAUCGACUUCAUCGAUACGAUCUUCUUCGUGUUGAACAAGAAGUACGAGCACAUCUCCGUCCUCCACGUCAGUCACCACGCCCUCAUGCCCAUCAGCCUCUGGUACGGCGUCCGUCAUCAGGCAGGUGGUCACGCUACCUUCAUGGGUUUCAUUAACUCCUUCGUACACGUUGUCAUGUACUCGUACUACCUGCUGGCGGCCAUGGGUCCCCGCCUCCGUCCCUAUCUCUGGUGGAAGAAGUACCUCACUAUGCUACAGAUGGUGCAGUUCACCAUCGUCUUCUUCCAUGCUGUCUCGGUGGCAUUCGUGGAGUGUGAGGUGCCGUCAGUGUGUCUACGAUGGGAGUGCGGUAUUGCGGUCAUGUUCUUUGUCCUCUUCGCAAACUUCUACAUCAAGUCGUACCGGAAAAGCGUAAAAAUCGAGGGUAAUGCUGGCACCAAGGUAACGAUGCCAGGCCUCUCAAACAUGUGUUACAUUCACCCAUCAAGCAAACAUUCUUACAAAAUGGCCUAUGAUUCAUCAAGAGUAAUGACCAACGGUUUCCCCAACGACAAACCCAACAAUGUCUCCAACGGCAAAUCCAACGGUAUCCCCAACGGGAAUCUCAACAGUAUCCCCAACGGCAAGCUCAACAAUGUCUCCAACGGCAAAUCCAACGGUAUCCCCAACGGGAAUCUCAACAGUAUCCCCAACGGCAAGCUUAACGUUAUUGUCAACGGAUUACCCAACGUACAGGAGUAUGUGAGAUUAAGAAGUGGUCGAUUCCUCAGGUAAGGUUCCGAACCUCACACUGAACCCUUAACUACUACGAGACCUACACACCUGCUGAGGCCGCCUUCACACAGACGGUAGCUUAUACGAGAUUCACUUUGGGUUUAUAAAGUAUUGGAAUAAUUUCACCACUCAUUCCAGGCAGUAGUUUCCUCAAUGUGUGUGUGUGUCAAAAUGAUCACAGUGACGAACCAAGACGAUGACACUGAUAAUAUUAAGACAUUAUUAGUGAUCUCACCCAACCUCAGGUACACGUAAUCACACAUAAUAUUAAAGGUUCUGGUGCUGUUCUCUACUGUCCUGUUUACAAAUGAGUUUUCUUUCCUUGGUAAAUCAUUUGUUCCUUUAGAGCUCCAGUAUAACCCAGUUCUCACCACUGUCGGACAAAUGUCAUAAUUUCGUAAUGUUUAUGAAGUGUGUCAUUUAUUUGCAUAUAUAGAAUUGUAAUAGAAUCUUCAAUUUGAAACGUACUGACAACAAACUAGUUCUUAUAUUUUAUUCUUAUGUAUGAAGAUUAUGCCAAUGACAGCUAGUUUUAAAAGCAUUUAAGUUUGUACAGGUCAUUAUGAACCUUUAGCAAAUGUUAUGUUAUGUUAUAAGAACCUCGAUAUAUAGGGUAAGUAGUAAUGAUUGAAUUGCUUUGUUAACUAAUGUGUAAAUAACUUGAUAUAUGAAUGUGUCAAAUCAACAACAAAACUAUUGGUAUUUUGCCUCUCAGUUAAAGCAAUAAAUACAUAGACUCUC